ACUUCCUUUCCCGGCGUACACCGCGAAUCCCUCCUCUUUUUUUUUUUUUUUUUUUCUUUAUUUUUCUUUUUAAUCUUACUCCCUCAGGUUCUCUCAAUCGACUAGUCUUCAGGUGUGGGUCGCUGUGCGGCGUGAUACCCCAGAGCCAUGCCCGAGGUAGUGGAUACUUGUUCGUUGGCCUCUCCGGCUUCCGUCUGCCGGACCAAGCAUCUGCAUCUGCGCUGCAGCGUCGACUUUACUCGCCGGACGCUGACCGGGACUGCAGCGCUCACGGUUCAGUCUCAGGAGGACAAUCUGCGCAGCCUGGUUUUGGAUACAAAGGACCUUACAAUAGAAAAAGUAGUGAUCAAUGGACAAGAAGUCAAAUAUGCUCUUGGUGAAAGACAAAGUUACAAGGGAUCGCCAAUGGAAAUCUCUCUUCCUAUCGCUUUGAGCAAAAAUCAAGAAAUUGUUAUAGAAAUCUCCUUUGAGACCUCUCCAAAAUCUUCUGCUCUUCAGUGGCUCACUCCUGAACAGACUUCUGGGAAGGAACACCCAUACCUCUUUAGUCAGUGCCAGGCCAUCCACUGCAGAGCAGUCCUUCCUUGUCAGGACACUCCUUCUGUGAAAUUAACCUAUACUGCAGAGGUGUCUGUCCCUAAAGAACUGGUGGCACUUAUGAGUGCUAUUCGUGAUGGAGAAGCACCUGACCCAGAAGACCCAAGCAGGAAAAUAUACAAAUUCAUCCAAAAAGUGCCGAUUCCCUGCUACCUGAUUGCUUUAGUUGUUGGAGCUUUAGAAAGCAGGCAAAUUGGCCCAAGAACUUUGGUGUGGUCUGAGAAAGAGCAGGUGGAAAAGUCUGCUUACGAGUUUUCUGAGACUGAAUCUAUGCUUAAAAUUGCAGAAGAUCUGGGAGGACCAUAUGUAUGGGGACAAUAUGACCUAUUGGUCCUGCCACCGUCCUUCCCUUAUGGUGGCAUGGAGAAUCCUUGCCUUACUUUUGUAACCCCCACUCUACUGGCAGGAGACAAGUCACUCUCCAAUGUCAUUGCACAUGAAAUAUCUCAUAGCUGGACAGGGAAUUUAGUGACCAACAAAACUUGGGAUCACUUUUGGUUAAAUGAGGGACAUACUGUGUACUUGGAACGCCACAUUUGCGGACGAUUGUUUGGUGAAAAGUUCAGACAUUUUAAUGCUCUGGGAGGAUGGGGAGAACUACAGAAUUCGGUGAAGACAUUUGGGGAGACACAUCCUUUCACCAAACUUGUGGUUGAUCUGACAGAUGUAGACCCUGAUGUAGCUUAUUCUUCAGUUCCCUAUGAGAAGGGCUUUGCUUUACUUUUUUACCUUGAGCAACUGCUUGGAGGACCAGAGGUUUUCCUAGGAUUCUUAAAAGCUUAUGUUGAGAAAUUUUCCUAUAAGAGCAUAACUACUGAUGACUGGAAGGAUUUCCUGUAUUCCCAUUUUAAAGAUAAGGUUGAUGUUCUCAAUCAAGUUGAUUGGAAUGCCUGGCUCUACUCUCCUGGACUGCCUCCUAUAAAACCCAAUUAUGAUAUGACUCUGACAAAUGCCUGUAUUGCCUUAAGUCAAAAAUGGAUUACUGCCAAAGAAGAUGAUUUAAAUUCAUUCAAUGCCACAGACCUGAAAGACCUCUCCUCUCAUCAGUUGAAUGAGUUUUUAGCACAGAUGCUCCAGAAGCUCCUUUCUUCCAAGGAAUCCUGUUGAAAUGAUACGGUAUACUUCUUUAUUUUGCUCUUAGGCACCUCUUCCAUUGGGGCACAUAAAGCGAAUGCAAGAGGUGUACAACUUCAAUGCCAUUAACAAUUCUGAAAUACGAUUCAGGUACAUCAUUUUAACUUGUCUCUGUGGAAGAAAGCAGAAAACCCCUUUGAAAGGUGGAGAAAGGGAAUGCAGAGUAUGAGACAUACUUGAGUCUUGAGAAGUCCUUGUCAAACUGACUGCUUCUAUAUAAAUACUUAGAGUGGUAUUUAAGGAAUAGUUGCAAUGUAUAAGGUGAUAGUAUUAAUCUUUGUUACACUUUGCUCUAAACCUCGCUUGCCUUAAAAGAAAAAAAAAAUUAGCAUGAAGGAUUCUGUGGUAAAUAGGCUUUCUCCACAACCAACUAAAUCUACCUUGAAAUGGGAAUAGUUAGAAAUAUUUUAUUCUAUGCUAAACUUUCUUAAUUCAAAUUUAUAAUCUGAGGCUUUAACCAAAGUUUAAUUCCUUCAGAAACUGCAUUUAUAAGGUACAUGAGCACCUACCUGAUCCAGACCUUUUAUGAUCUUUUUCAAGAACCAGCUCUUCUUCCUUCUCUUCACCAA